AUGAAACUCCUUUCCAUCUGCGCACUGUCCCUCGCCGCGGCUAGCUCGGUCCUGGCAACCACAACCACCGACGUCGCCCCCAUUGCACUUUCAGCCGUUCCUAACAGCUGCACGCCCGAGGUUUAUACCGACGCUGGCACAAUCGAGGCAAUUCGAAACACACUAGCCAUCUACCCCUUCGCCAUUGAUGGCAAGAAUUUCGACGCGCUUAGCAAGGUCUUCACUACCGGCGCUGUAGCCAACUACUCCGCGCCCCUCAAUGUCUUGACCCCUCUGUCAACGAUUCAAUCCGUUCUCCAGACAAGUCUGGCAUGUGUGACUACCCAGCAUCUCCUUGGUACCCAAUGGAUUGAUAUCAUCUCCCCUGUCUCCGCUAAGUCGGUGACGUAUUUCCGUGCUGCCCACUUUGGUAAGGGACAGACGGAGGGCCAAGUUCUUUAUGCGUAUGGCCAGUAUCAGGAUAACUGGGAGCGUCAAUUGACUGGUUCUUGGCGUAUUGCUCAUCGGAACUUGGUUUAUAUGGGUCCUCAAAUCGGUAACGAGACUGUUUUCUUGUGCUAG